CUAAAAAUAAAAGAAAAAUUUUAGAUAAAGUUAAAUCACCCAAAAGUCUUGGCUACAAUUUUAUUUAAUCUGUGAUAUUUGAUUUAACAAAAAACCCAAAAUGUUUAUCCGAAUUAUUUUUCUCGUUGGUUUUUUGUUUUGUGUGGUCUAUGCUGAACAACAACAAAAAAUUGAUCAAAAUCAAUUGGAAUCCGAUCCAUUGAUAAUGGCUGAAUCAGCUAUAGUAGGUGGCGCUAAAGCUGGUGUUGCCGGUGCUAAAGCAGGAUUUAAAAAAGGUGGUGCUGCUGGAAUUAAAGCCGGUAAAGCUGGAUUUGCAAUUGGUGGUGUUAAAGGUGGAAAAAAAGGUGCAUUUGCUGCUGGAGCUGCCGGUGGAGCCGCUGGUAUCAAAAAAGGUGGAAAAGCAGGUGCUGCCGGUGCAGCGGGAGCAAAAUUUGCAAAAUUUGGCAAAAAAGGUGUAUUCAAAAAAGUUGCUGCUGCUGGUUUUAAUAAGAAAUUUGGUACUAUAAAAACUUUUGGCAUGGCGCAAGGAUUUAAAUUUGGUAAAGUUGGUGGUGCAUUUUCGGCUGGUGGUGUGGCUGGUGCUGUUGGUAAAAAAGGCAAAAAAUUUGCGGCUGGUGGUUUGAUUGCUGGCAAAAAAGGUGGCAAAAAAUUCAAAAAAGGAUUCGCUGCAGCUGGUGGUGCAAAAGGUGGUAAAAAAUUCUUUGCCGCUGGUAAAGCUGGUUUCAAAAAAGGUGCUGCAGCUGGUGCUAAAGCUGCAUUCAAAAAAGGAGGUGUAGCUAAAAAAGUGAUCAAAGGAUAAUAUCAUCCAACAAUCAAAAUAAUUUCUAAUUUAUAACAUUUAAUUUAAAAAAAAAAUUAGUAAUUUAGUA